CGUCGCCAUCUUUGCUCCAAUCUUUCAGUCGUCUGUAAUUUUGCGGGCGUUUUGUCGCCUUUCUUAAAUGUUUUGCUCAUUAAUAUAAAUAUUGUUCCUAUUUUAAUGAGUUUAAGAAUUUCAUGAAGUGUUGCGUAACAGUUUGAUGUGAAAAUGAGUUUUUUUGGAUUCGGACAGACAGCGGAUAUCGAAAUUGUAUUUGAUGAUGCUGACAAACGUAAAGUUGCAGAGGUGAAAACGGAUGAUGGAAAAAAGGAGAAACUCCUCUUAUAUUAUGACGGUGAAACUGUGUCUGGACGUGUUAAUGUUACUUUAAGGAAACCGGGCUCUAAAUUGGAACAUCAAGGCAUAAAAGUGGAACUUUUCGGACAAAUAGAGUUAUUUUACGACAGAGGUAAUCAUCAUGAAUUUAUAUCGUUGGUGAAGGAACUGGCUCGACCUGGUGACCUAUUGCAGCAUACUUCAUAUCCAUUUGAAUUUGCUAAUGUCGAGAAGCCUUAUGAAGUCUACACAGGGGCUAAUGUAAGGCUAAGGUAUUUUCUUAGAGCUACUGUAGUAAGGCGCCUCACAGAUGUAAUAAAAGAGGUAGAUAUUGCUGUACAUACUCUGUGCAGCUAUCCAGAUGUGCUCAACUCUAUUAAAAUGGAAGUAGGUAUUGAAGACUGCCUUCACAUAGAAUUUGAAUAUAACAAGUCAAAAUAUCACUUAAAGGAUGUCAUUGUUGGCAAGAUAUACUUCCUCUUGGUGAGAAUAAAAAUAAAACACAUGGAAAUAUCGAUAAUCAAAAGAGAAACAACUGGAUCUGGGCCCAAUACAUUUACAGAGAAUGAAACUGUAGCAAAAUAUGAAAUAAUGGAUGGUGCACCUGUACGAGGGGAAAGUAUACCAAUUAGGGUGUUCCUAGCUGGUUACGAUUUAACACCAACUAUGAGAGACAUAAAUAACAAAUUUUCAGUAAGGUAUUAUUUAAAUUUGGUUCUGAUGGAUACAGAAGACAGGCGUUAUUUCAAGCAACAAGAAGUGAUAUUGUGGAGGAAAAGUGAUAAGUCACGAUUAGCUCUACAUAAUCCUCAUCUUCCUCAAAACCUUGCUGUGUCUACACCCAGACAACUAAGUGGUUCUAGUGAGGACAGUUCUGUUAGAAGCGCAGUGCCAGAUAAUCUUCAAAGAUCUGUGUCUCCUCCUAUGCCUGCUGAACACAACGGACCUGCACAAAUGGAGAAAGAAGAGCCUGAUGUUUUACCCGCUAAAUUAGCAACUACACAUAUUGAUAGCCCACCAGAUGUUGCUGAAAAUGCAGAGAAAAACAAUUCUGCUGGCAAAGUUGACAAUGACCCUGUACCAGAUAUCCAAGUUGAAUCUACAAAUGAAGAAGUAAUUGAAAAACCACAACUAAAUGAAAAGCCACAAAUUAGUGAAAAACCUGCUGUUGUAGAGAAGAAAGUAAAACCACAGGCUGAGAAAGUUAUGGUGGCUGAAAAGCCUUUAUUGGCAGAAAAACCAGUACUGCCUCAGAAACCUCAGAUUUCAGAGAAACCAGUAAUAUCCCAACCAGAAGUUACUGAAGAUACUCCCAGUCAAUAGCCCCUCUUAUGUUUGGUUGAUAUUCCAGUCACCAAUGAUAUGAACUGUGUGUUUUCAUGUUAUGUGAAAACAAUAGUUUAAAAUAUAUGUAUAUCCUAUAUUGUUAAUGCCAUCUCGUUUUUAAUCAAAUUUUUAUCAAUGUAGCAAUAUUGCAUGAAGUGAAAUGAACUUUAAUUUUAAGUGUAUAUAAAUUAAAAUUAUAGUAAUCAAUACAUAUGUGAUAACAGUGUUUGCAUUGAAAUAAUGAUGUAAGUAUCUUUGAGGUACAGUAAAUUUAUAUAACUCAAAUAUGUUAACAUUUUUAUUUAUUCUUUUGUAUGUAAUGAAUUAAAUUGUUAUUAUAUAUUGAUAUAUAUAUAUAUUUGAUUUGAUUGAACAUGCAGAGUAUUUACUUCUAAAUAAAUGUCAUAUAAUCAAAUUGUACUCAUUUUAAUUUGGGUAAACAAAAUUCAUCAUUUGUUAUUGUAGUAACUUGCUUGAGUACAUAAUAAUUUUAUAAUUUACUCAUGGAAUAUUAAUCUAAAUUUAUCUAAUCUAAAUAAACUGAUUUAGUUUUAUUGAACAAGUAUAAUAUUAAUGGAUUGAUUUUACAAUUUUAUUCUUAUUUCAAGAUUAUAUUUAUUUUAUGUAUAAUUAAAUAUCUGUUAUAAUUAGUGCUACAACUGAGGCAGCCUAUGAAAUUAUUUUGAAAGAUGUACAUACAUUUCAAAAUUUUGUUGAGUGCCAUUUGCUUAUAUUUUUCAAUUAAAUUACAUUUCAAAGAACUUAUUGUGGUAUAAAACUGUUAUAUUGAUUUUUUUUUUUAUUAAAAUUUAUAUUUCAUAUUUUUUUUUUACAAUGAGUGUCUGAAUUGAAUGUCAGAUUCAACCUGGCUUUGAUAUCAAUUUGUGUCAAUUGAAAUAAAUUAAUGGUGCGCAACAUCUGAAUGCCAUUCAGGAAAUAAAUCUUAUUACAGGUCGCAUAGAGAUCAAUUUAUAUUUAGUUGGGAUGAUAUUUCUUAAAAUCCAGUACAUGUAUAGGUUAUAUUAUUUUUAUAAACAUCUACCACAAUAUUAUUGACACAAUGACACAUGACACAAUAUUAUAACAGAACAUUUACAGGCUAAGAUGACACUGUGAAAGUUGAUAGCAAUCUCACUGUGUUUAUAUUUUCUUUGUUGUAAGGGUCAUGAAUGCCUAAGUUUGCAUCCCUUUUGGGUACUUGAAACAUUUUGUACUAUGUCAUUGCAAUAUAGUAAAUAUAAAAUUUAUAAAACUAACUUUUUAAGAUUAAUCAUGUUAAAGAAUUGUUAUCUGAGAUUAUAGAUCAGCCAAUGCAAGUUAAUAACAUAUAUAAUAUCUUUCAAGUUUAUCUGUGACCAUGAGAAAUAAUUUGCAUGGCACUGUUAACACUUGCACUAGUAACUACAUGGGUAUAAUAUACUGUAACUAAUCACUUAGUUGGCAAUUAUAUAGGCAAUACUAAUGUGGUAAAUCAAGUAGAUCUUGUAUGUUGGGGUAGAUCAUGAAACAUGUUUCACCGAUGGUAUAUACUCUGCUUGGUAUUCUCUUCCCACAUUGGCCUCAGACUAAGUCAUUUCUUUGCUCUUGUCAUGUCACUUGCAUCUAUUGUGUUGCUUCACUCGAAAACUAUUUUUGAGUACAGGCAUCCCAUUCAUGUAAUAUUCUUUGGGCAAUCACAUGACCUAGCUGUCAUGGGAAGAGAGAGAAUACCAGGUGGAGUAUAUUAUCACACCAUGGUUUCACCUAACUGAAAUGUUUUUAAAUCUACCCUCAUAAAUCUGAACAAUGUUUUGAUUGUUAUGUGUAAAAAGUAUAAAUAUAAUAUGUACCUAGUUGUAAAUUGUUGACUGUGGAUAAAUAUGUAUAGAAAUAUAUUGUGGUCAUUAGAGA